GGCGCCUUGAGCGUCGGGCAAGGAGAAUGGAGGUCAAGUGAGCCUGAGAACGGAGUAGCAGCAGCCGCGGCAGCCAUGGCCAUUUUCGACACCCCCCAGGAGGCCUUUGGAGCCCUCCGCCCCGCCUGCGUCCAGCUGACCAAGGCCCAGACGGUGGAGAACGUGGAGCGCCUCCACUCCCAGCUGGGGGUGGUCAGUGACUCGGCCCUGCAGGAGCUCCAGGAAUACGUCCUUUUCCCUUUGAGAUUCACCCUCAAGACCCCCGGGCCGAAGCGGGAGGGUGUAGUCCGAAGCGUGGUGCAGUGCAUCGGCUUCGUGCUUUCGUCCACGUGCGUGAAGAAGGUGGAUCUCCUCCUGGAGCUGUUCUCCGAACUCUGUGUCUGCCUGGCAUCUCCCUCCAACCCAUCCCAGCUGGCCCUGUUGUCGGAGGAGCUGAAGCGAGACGUGGGCCAAGCUCUGCUCGCCUUGCUCCACUCCGCUUAUGGAGACAUUCUUCUGUCUCUCUACCAGCCCUCCAGCCUUCCCCAGCUGGGCUUUGCCGUGUCCCUGCUUCUGGCCCUUGCCGAACAGGAAAAAGCCCGGCAGGUUAAGAUCACGGCCUUGCGGUGUCUGCAGGCUCUCCUCCUGCAGUGCGACUGCCCAGAGGAUCACCAGUCCCUAGAGAAAGAGGAGAUGAGGCAGUGUGGAGAUCUCUUUGCCUCCUUCCUCCCUGGGAUCUCCAUCACCCUCUCCAAGAUUAUCGCAGCAGACACGAAGCAAGGUCACGCCGUCACGGUCUCGGCCAUCCGGCUCUUCUCUAGGACCAUCGGUCUGGUGAUGGCCGAUGAGCAGCUAGCGGAGAUCCCACCGGAGAGGAAGAAGCCAGCUUCUGAACAGAGCAAAAUACAGAUGCUGGUGGUCCACCGAGGCGCAGACUGGGCGAGAAACACCGCAUCCAAACUCUCCAUCCUUAUCGAGAAGGUGGUUACAUCUGGGUCCGCUCAUCCCCACUGGAAGGUGCGACGGGAGCUGGUGGAAAUGGCCCGCCUCCUCCUGACAGCGUGUGGGCGCUCUUUGGUAGACUCAGCGGGGCAGCUGUUAAAAGCCUUGGUAGGCCUUGUCAACGAUGAGAGCCCCGAGGUCCAGCGUCUGAGCGAGAGGGCGUUGAAGGAGAUGGCCGCGCAGGAGAGAGUAGCCGGGAACAGGCUCCUGGCCGACAUCCUAGCUGAGGAUCUGCACUCUCUGGCCACUGCCCUGCCCCGCUUAAUGACCUCCCAGAACGACCAAGGCAAGAUUGCCACUUUGAACCUGGUCCUUGGGUACCUGAAGCUCUUGGGCCCAAAGGUGAGUGUGGUUCUCCACUCUGCCUCCCACCUUCAGCGCCUCUCCAAGGCCCUGAUGCAAGUCCUGGAGCUGGAGGCGAAGGACGUGAAGGUUGUGGAGGAGAGCAGCUGGGCCCCGGAAGCUUUUCCUCAGCCCACCCUGGGCCGCUUCCAGAGGAAGUACUUCCGCUUCUUCACAGAUGAGCGGAUUUUCCCCCUCCUGCAGCAGAUUUGCCGGGCUCUGGGCACUUACGGGAAUCUCUACCUGCUUGUGGAUCACUUCAUGGACCUGUACAGGGAAUCCGCGGUGUACCGGAAGCAGGCCGCCAUGGUUGUCAAUGAACUGAUUGCUGGAGCCGCAGGGCAGGAGGCGCAGAACGCUUUGCCGAGCUCAGAGGAUCUCGUGGGGAUCGUAACUUCCGUGCUAGAAGAAUACGUGGACUCGGCAAACUGGCAUUUGGUCACCCGCUUGGAGGUUCAGGAGUCCCGGGCUGAAUCCGCAGCCACCAAUGCCAGGCCCCUCGCUCUUACGUAUGGAGCACCUAACGGACCUCUGGUGUCCCCCGGUUCGAGCCCCACCCUCCGCUGUAUGAACAGCAACGUUUGGCAGAUCUGUAUCCAACUGGAAGGGAUCAGCGGCUUUGCCUCUGCCCUGGGGAAGGACUUCCGCUUGCUCUUAAUCUCUGCUCUGUACCCUGUGCUGGAGAAGGCUGGGGACGGCACGCUCCUGGUCAGCCAGGCUGCCAAGGGGACCCUGGCCGACAUCUGCCAGGCCUGCGGCUACCUCUCCGUCCCUGAGCUCCUCAGGCAGAAUGCCGAUUACCUGGCCAAUGGGGUCUCCUUGCACCUGAGGCACCCAGCCGAUGAGCCCCACGCCUUGCAGGUCCUGGAGGCCAUGCUCCGACACUCGGGCGCCGGGGGGGCCUCCUUGGUGGAGGACCUGGUUGAAGACGUCUUGGCCAGGCUGGAUCAGUGUCACAGCGAACGGGCGUCUUCGUUCCUGGGGGCGCUACGGACCCUCAUGGCCUCACUAGCUUCCUGGUUUGGGCCGGAGCAGGAAACCCAGCACAAGCCAGAAGGUGGUUCCUCCUGCCCGUGGGCACCAAGGCCGGCCAACCUGCCCACUGCAGACGAAAUGGAGGAGUUCUUCUCGGCAUACGUGAAGCAGAAGCAGGUCGCAGAGGGGGAUGUCGAGGAGGAGGAGGAGGAGGAAGAGGAUCCUGCAGUGCAGCCCGGAGCACUGGAAGAGCUUCCUGAGGCGGACAGGCCGUUGCCCUUGCAAGCCAAGAUGGCGAAAGAUGUCCUGGAGAGGGCCAUCCACUUGCUGCCCAGCAAGAGCCUCGCAGUGCGACUGAAGGCUCUCGAAGUCCUCGAACUCGGCGUGGUGGUCCUUGGUCCACACAAGAAUGUGCUCCUUCCAUUGGCGCAUCGGGGGUGGCCUGCUCUUGUUUGCCGCUUGGUUAACGACGACCCCUUGGCUGUUCUCGGAGCCUUUAAGGUGCUGUGCACUCUCGGAGCCCACAGUGGGGAUUUCCUCAGGAGCCGCUUCUCCAAAGAUGUCCUGCCAAAGCUGGAGGCCUCCCUUGUCGCCCAGGCCCCCACCAGCGCCCAGGCCGGGCCCGUCUACAGACACACCCUGGCCUUCAAACUGCAGCUGGCUGUGCUCCAGGGCCUCGGGUCCCUCUGCCAGGCUCUGGAUCUGGGCGAGAACGACCUGAAUACGGUGGUGGAUGCCUGCCUGCCCUACCUCAGCGCCAGGCAGCCUGUGAGGCUGCAAGAGGCUGCUCUCAGUGUUUUCCUUCGCCUGAUGGAGGUCGAUCCGGACGCCGUGUGGUUCUUCCUCUGCAGCGUCUGGUGCCCCGGAAACCCGGAGGCCCCCCACCCCUGCCUACGCCCUGUGAAACUAGCAGGGGGCGAGAAGACACGGAACGAGUUCACGGACAACGUGCAGAGCCUCUUGGACCAGCUGGGCAGUUGAGGGCGAGGGGGGAGCACCCGGGCACACUCGCCCCGUGGAGGACAGAGGCCACCACAGAGAAGGGCAGUUUCCAGCCUUCUGAACGUCCACAGGUCCAGCCAAAACGGCCCGGAGCAAAGACACUUUGGGGCACCUAGAACCCGAACGAUGAGGGGUGCCGGCAGGCGAUACCCGGAACUGGUUUGUCCACCAGUUGUCGGGAUUUUUGCCCUUUUGGGGGCUGCACGAUGCUCUGGUCUCACAACAAGCCACAAAACAGGGACCUGGUGCUAAUCCCGGCAGGGCCCAGGAUGGGGACCAGAUUCCCAAGGGGGCUCCAGUUUCCCGGUUUGCCGUGUGGAUUAAGAUACCGAAGGCCCCAAACUCCCUGCCUUCCUUUUGCCCCAGUGCCGAUUUUUUUUUUGGCGGGGGGGAGCAGGGAGACGGGGCACCUCAGAAGCUCCCCCUGCACCACGGGUGUCCUCUGAAAGUUUGCAGCAGCCUCGCCCGUUGCAGAGAGAGGGGGGGUGUGUGAGCUUAAUAUGCAGAGCCCCAGCCGGGAAUUAAGCAGGCAGUGUGCAAAUGCCGUUUGCCUCCUCUGACCAUGAUGGGGC